AGAUUUGCCUCUACUGAAGCAGCCAAGGAAAACAAAGAAGAAAAGCCUGUUGAAGCCAUUUCUGCUGAAGAACAGGCCAUCAAUGAAUUGAAGGAAAAGCUCGAUGCUAAAGACAAAGAACUUGCCAACAUGAAGAACCACUACGCCAGAUCCAUUGCUGACUUCCGUAACUUGCAAGACACUACAAAGUUGGAAGUUCAAAAAGCUAAAGACUUUGCUUUGCAAAAGUUCGCCAAAGACUUGUUAGAGUCGUUGGAUAACUUCAGUUUGGCACUUGAGUCUGUCAAGGAAGAAACAUUGAAGACCAACGAAGAGGUCAAGAGCUUGUACGAAGGUGUCAACAUGACAAGAAACAUCUUUGAAAAGACUUUGAGCAGACACGGCAUAGAAAAGAUCGAUCCAAUUGGCCAACAAUUCGAUCCUAACCAGCACGAGGCAACCUUCCAAGUCCCACAACCAGACAAGGAACCCGGUACUGUUUUCCACGUACAACAGCACGGAUACACUUUGAACUCCAGAGUGUUGAGACCAGCCAAGGUCGGUUUGGUCAAGGGUGAGGAUAACUAA